GUCGCGGGUUAAAAAUACAGAGGCUCAUAUUGCAUGAAUUUGCUUUUGCAGAAAUUGUGAUCAUUGCUGCUGCUAAAUCAGAGCUUUUACCAGCGCUCUAGUUUGGUUAAAGUGUUUUUUUUUAGCCCAUUACACAUCAUGUCGGCGGUUUUCUCCUUUCAGAAUCAGCUUUCUUCGAUCAUGGACGCGUUAUCCAAAACUGCUGUGCUGGAGAUAAGCAAACUGGUGGAGAUCGAGUCCAAGAUGCUUAAAAUAGAAAUAAACCGGGGACGGAAUGAAAUCGCCUCACUCACAGAGAAAUUGCAGCUGAUGGAGAAACUACUUUAUAUGGCGCAGAGUAAUAGACAGGAGUCCUCGGCAGUAAUGGUAAGAGGCGCGUCGGACAGGGGACUGGUGGUGCAGCCUGACAGGACAAAACCUGCUAUAAACAGUUCACCAAAUCCUGAGGAGAGUCCAAGAGAGACCAUCACCUCCUCCACCGAAGACACCAACCUGCAGCAAAAGACAGAGCAUUCUCAGUCUACUCAAAACCCAGUGACGGAACAGCCUGAACUAAUUGUCAUCAAGGAGGAGCCAUCAGAUGUAGAGUGUGGAAUCUCUGAUGAGAGAAGCACAGGAAAGCCUGUGGUUGUGGAUAUACAGGUGAGCUCAGAUGUAGCUCAGUGCCCCCGACCUGUCAGACUUGCUGCAAAUCGCCAGUCUCCCCUCUUUACUGAGAACAUUAUUAAAGUAAACAAUCAGACACCUCAAGUUGGAAGUGAAAGUGUGUGGAAUUUACAGCUCUCUUCUGCCUGCACCAACCUGGAAAAUGAAAAAUCUCGAAAUGCAGUUCCUCCCAGCAAUAUCCCAGGUAGGAAUGUAAAGGUUCAUAACCUGAGAAACUCCUCGACCAAAAGGUUCAGCUGUUUGCAGUGUGGCAAGAACUUCAGAUGUUUCAGUCAGCUUGAAAUCCACCAGAGGAGCCACACGGGAGAGAAACCAUUUAGGUGCACACUGUGUGGUAAAAAGUAUGCACAAAAAGGCCACUUGUACACACACCAACGCACGCACACAGGAGAGAAGCCGUACGGGUGUCCCAUCUGUGGCAAAGGGUUCAUCCAGAAGUGCACUCUGGACAUGCACCAGCGCACACACACAGGAGAGAAGCCAUUUGUGUGUAUCAAAUGUGGAAAAGGAUUUACCAAAAACUGUAAUCUGAAGAAACACCUCGCAGUUCAUUUAGACACUUCUUUGCACAUUUAUGGAAAUGAUUCAGCAACAACUUUCAGUGGCUCAUUUAUCAAUAGGACAACUUAGGACUUUUUUUUUGUUUGUAAAUACAUGUAAAUAAUAAAAGUUGUGUGAACAUUU